GGUACAAAAAGGACCGACAGAAAGAUUUUGUGGAUUCAAACUAAAGCUGUUUAACCUUCCAUAAAAGCCCAGAGCCCAGAGCCUAAUGGCUACAGACAUUAAAAUGCUUUUUUGUAUUGGACUUGCUGUUGUACUAACAGGUGUGGGAAAGUCUGCGUUUGUUGGGAAGAGCCACGGCGGAGGGAAGGAUGAUCCUGUGCUGCAGUAUGUUGUUAACAACUCACUGAGAGAGAACCCAGUCCUCACCAAACUCAGACUGAGAACUCUUGAAGACCCAUUCAGUAUCAUGAUGGUUGCCAGCGAACAAGCCCAGUUCAUGGCAAAUCUCAUCAAACUGAUAAAUGCAACUAAAGCUAUUGAAAUUGGGAUGUACACAGGGUACAAUGCACUGAGCAUGGCUUUGGCCAUGCCAGAGAACGGAAGAGUGGUAGCUUGUGAAAUAGAAGACACCUAUGUGGACAUUGCCAAACCGUUUUUUAAAGAGGCUGGAGUUGAAAAUAAGAUAGAUGUACAGCAUGAAAUAGCCAUGAAAACACUGGAUAAACUGAUAGCAGCCGGGGAAGCUGGUACAUAUGACUUUGUGUUCAUAGAUGCUGAUAAAAAAAACUAUGACAGAUACUAUGAGAAGUCCCUGGAGCUCAUACGAAAAGGGGGCAUCAUUGCGAUUGACAAUGUGCUGUGGAGCGGAAAGGUUGUGAAUCCCACUCCAGAUGACCUCACCUCCCAGACUCUGGACGCUCUCAAUAAGAAGCUACACAAGGACCAGAGGAUUGAUCUGAGCAUGCUCACUGUGGCCGACGGGCUGACCAUUGCAAUCAAACGCUAACAUCACUAGUUGAAAAGUUGCACGUUUGUCUUUCAGCUUAAGUUUUGCUAUUUGAUAUAAGUA